AUGUCGUACUCCUCACCCUCUGCCUCUAACCCGUCCCUCGCUACGUCUGCCUACAUGGUGUCUUCGGUAGACAGGUACACAUCUGGCUCAGACGAUGAAAUUGCGUCCCUUCCAUCUGAGUCUACCACCGCUUCAGAUCUAGACACACUUUCAGACGACUACUCGGAUGCCGAAGAGGAAUGGAGAGAAAGCAUUGAGCAGUUGGAGUUACUAUUGACCAUGGUCAUCGUCCCGUUUAUCGGAAAGUAUCUGGGAAGGAGAUGCGCUUAUUGGGGCUGGACUCGCUUUAUGGAAUGGAAAUACCCAGUCGAAGUCGUCAUGACCAACAAGGCAGCCUUCAGGGGAGCCGGUGUCCUCGAGGCUUUAUCCCCACUGUGA